AUGCCUCCCAGAUCACAAAUAAAAGACAGCGCCUCGGAAUCCGAAGCAAAGCCAAACACUACGUCCCGUGCGGCCAACAAGGCCCGUAACGCUGUCGCUGCUGCGGCACAACUCGAGCUUUUAUCGAAACACAUCCAUUCUAACGGCCCCAAGGAUCAGCAGCCAAUCGAUCCGCUCGAUUUCAGUUCCAUGCAUGAGGACGCUCUUCGCCGUUACAACAAGAAAUACGAUCUACAGCUUCCAGAGGUUCAGUCGCUCAACGACAACAUCCUCCAACUGGAACUCGGGAAGAAAAGCUGCAGUGCAAAGAAGGCAGCACGCGUGCAGAAGAUCAGCAAGCAGGACUUGGCGAUGAAUGUACAGAAACACUUUUUGGCAAUGAAUGUGCGGGAAAACGAGAUUCUUGCGGGCUUUUUGUAUAAGGUGAAGAACCAGAAGAAGGACUUCAAACUUACAUUUUAG